AUGGAGGGCAGCCACACAGCAGUCAUGGAGGACCAAGCCCUCCCUCUUGCAGAUCGGCCGGGGCAGGUCUCUCCCGUCCUGUCGUCGCAUGUCACGCAGAUGGUGCCCGGAACGAACGUCCCAAGGCACCAACGCACGCGUAUUGUAUGCACGGUGGCCAAGGUUGCCCUCCUCCUCCUCCCCCUCCUCCUCCCACCGCCUUGUGGGACACGUGCCGAGGCGGGGAUGCCAGUCAUGGACAACGCACGUUCCCCCACGCAAAUCAUCACCGCCUGUGCGCGCCUCGAACUCAAACUCGAGUUCGAACUCUUCGUCUCUCCCCCGCCCAUCGCAUUGCGGACUCGUGAUGACCAAUAUGCGCGCGAUGGCGCAUGAGCCGCGGGGGACCGCUGCGAUCUAAGCGCAGGGAAGUGGGCUUGCCCCCCGUGUUGAAAGCCAAAACAACAACAACACGCGCGCGCAUACAAGUGCACACCGUAUCUUGAUCAGGGCGGGCAAGGCGGGAGUUGGAUUACGAGACAUUUGAUGUGGUCAUGUUAUGCGUUCGCCCGAGGUUUCUCCAGCGCUCCCUGUUUGUUUUGUUUUUCUUUUCCCUUGCGGCAUCGGUGAACGAAAGGAAAGCUGGUCGUGCUCGGAACACAGGGAGAACCUAAACAAACGGCCCAAGCCAGUUCUGCGAACAGGUGGUUUGUUCACUCUCUUCUCCCGCUCCUCCCCCUCAAAGCGGCAUUAUGACCGACGUCUCCUCUCCCUCCAGACGUUUCGGCCAGGCACGUGCCACGUCAGUCGGGGAGAGGCUCUCGCGAGAGUUUU